UUGGAGAAGACACAAAUAUUUUGGCAACAGCAAGAGAAGUUAAUGCAGGACACAUUUGAUUUAAAAAAAAAAUAAACAAGCAUUUCUGAAAUCGAAUUUCUAGUAGGUGUAAUUUAUUUUUGGCACCUUGGAAGAAUGGGAGACGAUACACGGGACGCGCAGCGCGCGGGCGCACCGGAGGUGAAGGCGAAUGGUCCACAUCCUGGAUCAGAACCUCCAGCAGGUGCACAGACGGAACCCAGCAGCAUCCCAAACAGUGAGCUCGGCCCCUCGGCGGUCACCACAAAUUUGUACAAGCGGCGCUGGGUGAUCGUCUUCCUGUUCAGCGCCUACUCUCUCUGCAACGCGUACCAGUGGAUCCAGUACGGGAUCAUCAACAACAUAUUCAUAAGGUACUACAAGGUGGACUCCUUCUCUGUGGACUGGCUGUCCCUGAUCUACAUGGUCGUCUACAUCCCCUUCAUUUUCCCGGUCACUUGGCUGCUGGAUAAGAAGGGGCUGCGCGUCAUUGCGCUCGUGGCAAACGCGCUCAACUGCGCUGGCAUGUGGAUCAAAGUGGGCAGCGUCGCUCCAAACCUGUUCGGGGUGACCUUCUUGGGACAGUUUGCAAGCGGCGUGGGCCAAGUCUUCCUCCUCGGGGUCCCCUCGCGUCUGGCGUCAGUCUGGUUCGGAGCAGAUGAGGUUUCCACUGCGUGCGCUAUCGGAGUUUUUGGGAAUCAGAUGGGUAUCGCCAUUGGGUUCCUGGUCCCACCACUCCUUGUGCCGAAUGUGGAAGAUAUCACUGAGCUUGGAUACCACAUCAGAAUCAUGUUCUACAUUGGUGCAGGAGCGGCCACCCUCAUCUUCAUCCUUGUGAUCAUUGUGUUCCAGGAAAGGCCGGAGAUCCCUCCCAGUCAGGCACAGGCCUGGGCCAGGAUGACCAUGCCUGAGGAGUACUCCUAUAUGGCAUCUGUCUGGAGGCUGCUGCACAACAAGUCCUUUGUGCUGCUGGGGAUUAGCUACGGUCUGAAUGUUGGAUGCUUCUAUGCUAUAUCCACACUGUUGAACCAGAUGAUCAUUGAAAACUAUCCUGGUGAAGAGGUGAAUGCUGGGAGAAUUGGUUUAACUAUUGUCAUUGCUGGCAUGGUGGGCUCCCUCAUAUGUGGUGUUUGGCUUGACAAAACAAAAACCUACAAGCAGACCACCCUGGCUGUGUAUGUCCUCAGUUUUAUUGGAAUGCUGGUGUAUGCCUUCACCCUCAACCUGGGUCACCUUUGGGUGGUAUUUAUCACAGCAGGAGCUUUAGGGUUCUUCAUGACCGGGUACCUGCCGGUGGGAUUUGAGUAUGCAGUGGAGCUGACAUAUCCAGAAUCAGAGGGGACCUCAUCUGGACUCCUGAACUGUUCCGCUCAAAUCUUUGGAAUAACUUUCACCAUUGCUCAAGGGAAAAUUAUGAGUAAAUGGGGCACCUUGGCAGGAAACGUCUUCUUGAGUGCCUUUCUCCUUAUUGGGACAAUAAUAACAGGUUUUAUCAAGUCUGACCUCCGCCGGCAAAAGGUCAAUCAACAUGCUGAAGGUCAGGCAGUGACUAAAUACACAGCUGAGCUUGAAACAGAUACAUCUCCUCCUGAAAUACUGGGAAUGAAGUUCUAAGGAGGAUGACGGAAACGGCCAGAAACACGUUUCUUGCAUUACAGCACCAGCUGGUGACCUCACAAAAUGACGUACAAAACGUCAUGUGUGACCACAGACAAACAAAAGAAGAAAAAAAACCUCUAUACGUGAGGUACUGGAUGAACACCGCGUUCUGGUUUGAACACGAGAGUUUCACAAUAAUAUCCCAAGUGGAGCUUAACUCAGCCCAAACCAACCACAGGUCAAUCAUGCACACUGAAAAUAUUUUUGCAUAACUGAUCUUUGUGCAGUGCAACAGCCACUUUACUGAAUCAUUACAAUUAUCUCAAACUCUUACGCAGAAUUGUUACAAUCCUACUGUAUUCACUUUUGAUGAUGUAGUUUUCUAUGCAAUCACAUAAUGACCAAUAUUUGGGGUCCAAUCAUACACCUGAUGCAAAGCUGUGCACAGCAUGGUGCAUGAGUUAUUGCUAGUUUCCACCAGUGGGUCUGCUCAUGUUAAAAUGAGGCGUCAUCAACUGGAAUGUUGGUGCAGUGCGAUCAUAAGGAAGCAGGAAGUGAUUCUAUUUGCACCAUAGGCUGCCAAAAACCUAGUUUAAAGUCAAGCUCAGUUUUUCCUGUUAUUUAUACGAUGCACUAUUCAGAUAUGCAUUACACAGAUUCCCUCAUUCUGCUUACACCCAGGGAUGUGUGUUAGCACUCAGAUUCCUGAUCACUGGAUUAAAAACAAAAACAAAAAAUGAAAUGACAUUUUGCAUGCACACCUGUUUCUUUGCCAGAAAACCUCACUUCUGCUACUUACUGAGUCAUUCGUCUAAACUGAAAUGCACCAGGUUCAAGUGCACACGACUCUUAAAGGAAGUGAUAGAUGACAAACUGGUAAUUCAUGUUACACUCAAAGGGCACUCAUGAUCACAUAAGAGAAUAAAUAUAACUCCUUUUUGCCAUGUACCCAAUCUGAGAACAAAAUAGCAAUGUUUAGUUGGACAAGCCCCAAUGCACCUUUGCUGUGCACUUUAGGCCAUGUGCUAUAGAUUGUCAAGAUAGGACCCCUAUACUGUGUUAUCUAAAACCUGACCAAUAAAGCAUCCAUUUUAUUUUUUUUUUACUUUCUUGGUUUCUGUGUUUUAAAAUAAGCAGUUAAUGCAGAAUAAGAUGCUCUGCCUGCAUUCAGUAUUGCAGUACUUCUGAACACUAUUGGUGACAAAUACAUCUCAGCACACUUUUAGAAGGUCUUAUUACAUUCUGACAAUAGGUCAGAAAUUAGUUUUGAGUGAAUUAGAAUUAGGAUGAACCAAAAUUUAUUACACUUAUUAUUUUGCACAAGUCAUUAAUUGUUGUUUUCUUUUCUUUAAUGUAUGAUAAAAUUGUUACUGUGAGAGGUUUCCUAUACAAGCACUUGUUCCAUUUACAUGUUCUUGCAGUAGUGUGGUAAGUCUGGUCAUAUACCUCCUGUUAGAUUGUCUUUAACUGUGGUAAGUGUAGAUGUUAAAACUGUGUGCUCACUGGAUUCUGUGACCUCCUGAAACUGUGAAUACCAUGAAUUAUAUUCUCAAGUUUGGUGGGUUUUGUUUUUGUUGUUGUUACAAAUGUUUCUGUGCAAUUCAAUUCUGUGCAAAGGUUUUAAGCACCCUAGAAUUUGAAUAAAAUUUUGCUUUUUUUGUUUAUAAAUUACCCCCAUCAAUGGGUCAACAGAAAAUUGGAUUUGAAUUUCCAAAUGUCCAAUUAUCAAAUUUCAAACCUCAUAAGAAAAAAACAAAAACUUUCUUUGUAGGUGCACAUGUAUGUUUUUAGGUUUCAAAAAUAAGCUGUUUAGCUUUUUUUUUUUUUUUUUUUUUUUUUUAGCUGAAAAGUGAUCACAUUAUCUACAAAUACAUCCAUACUUAUCCCAGUUUCAUUAUUUUAAAACGUUUUAGGGAAAUUAAGCAUAAAACCUUUGCACACCACUGUAUCCUGCACCUGUGAAUCCUUGAAGCAGAAAUCCAGAAUUACUUUAAUUUGUAUCAAAGUGUUUUGUUGCUUCAACCAUCACCUGUUGUUGUCAUUGUAUCCUGGUGAAACAGUUUUGAUUGCUGCUUUCCUCUCCUUACAUUUGGGUUAGAAUUUAAAAGUAUUUUCUUAUUACUAUCAAACAAAAGAAAAUCAAAUGUUUAGUUUGUAAAAUAAUUUUAUAGCACAAAAAUAGGAAAAUCCA